CCCCACAUCCAGGCAUGAAAACAAAAGCCGGGUGAAAAUCACUUUAGAUAAUAUAAUUACAUCUUCAUCUCUUUCUCAGUAUCUGUUUGUGUCUGCUAAACGGCAUCAUGUUUAUCUCUUCACAAAACCAGCCGCCCUGCUUUAAAGACUUCACCCUCGUCAUGCCAGCAGUGGCUGUUGGUAAUGUGGGCCAGCUGGCCGUGGACCUCAUUGUGUCCACGCUCAACAUGAGCAGAGUGGGCUACAUACACACGGACUGUCUCGUCCCCAUGACUGGAAACAAUCCAUACGCCACCUGUAAAGAAGACGCUGAGGAGCUGCACACCCCAGCAGAAGUUUACACAGCAGCAGAACUGAAGAUGGCAGUUCUUCAAAUCCGGACACCAAUUAUUCAGACAAAAUUCAAAAAGUUCCGUCAGCUGCUCGUGUCUUGGCUCAAAGCCAGCGGGUUCUCCAGGACUGUAGUUCUGUCCAGCAGCCACGCCUACCAGAGGGACGACCAACAGCUGAAGGGCACUCCUCUGAGGUACCUGGUCACGCCGUCCCUGCUGAAGGUGAGUGCGGUGGCUUUGGAGGAGCUCGGCUGGAGGGAGAUGGAGCGGGUUCCAUCCUACCCGGGACUGACGGACGCCAACACAGACCCACGCCUCUAUGUCCCUGGAGGAGGCAUCACCAAGGGACUCUACGAGGACAGUUGUGCGGAGGAUCUCCCACUGGCUGUGCUGCUGCUCUUCUGCUCAGAAGGCGACAACAUCCCAGACGCCUUCACGCUCGCCAACCACCUCAACGACUGGCUUCAUCUGCUGGACGAACCUAGCCAAAACCCCAACAAAUGGAAGAUCCCAACUUCCUGGAGUCUUCUCUUUGGCAGUGGCAUUCCCCCAGCACUGUUCUGAUAACCACAUAUUUAGUUGUUGUAUCUCAUAAAUAGCUUCUAGGAACAGCAGCAGCAUCUUUUAUAUAUGUAUUAUAUUGAGUUCACCGUGUAUGGAGCUGAAACCCGGUUAACUGACCUCACUCUGGAACAUUUAUCCUAGUCACCUUUAUUUUGAUCAUGAUCUUUGUGCAUGAAUUGCAUUCUAUUGCAUUCUAUUUCCAAGUACGACAGCAUUUGACUGAUUUUCACAAUAAAAGAUUGUGACAAGAA